UCAAAACCGAUCCAAUCCACUGGUAAGUUCUAGAGAGAGAGAUGAGAAAGAGGAAAGAACGGACGACAAAAGAAAGAUCAGAAACCCUAAUUUGUAAUUCAGAGGAAGGAAAUGAAGAAAGAGAAUAUGUAGAAGAAGAUGAAGGCAAACGAUUCUAUGCCUGUUAUCUUCUCUGUUCCUUGUGCCCUAGAUUCAAAGGUCACACCUACAUAGGGUACACAGUCGAUCCAUGCCGCCGGAUUAGGCAACAUAACGGCGAAAAAACUAAUGGUGCAGUGAGGACAAAGAGGAAACGUCCAUGGGAAAUGAUGUUAUGUAUCUAUGGGUUCCCGACUAAUGUUUCUGCACUUCAGUUUGAGUGGGCGUGGCAGCACCCAAUUGAAUCUUUGGCUGUGAGGCAGGCAGCACUAAGUUUCAAGUCAUUAUCUGGAAUUGCCAAUCAUGUAAAACUUGCAUAUACAAUGCUCAACCUUCCACCUUGGCGGAGCUUGAAGCUGACUGUGAACUUUUUCUCAACGGCAUACACUAAGCACGCUGCUGGCUCCCCGAGCUUGCCAAAGCAAAUGAAAGUCCAAGUUUGUUCCAUGGAUGAACUUCCUUGCUACAUUGGUGACAGCCAAGUAUCAGAUGAAAUUGACGAUGAGGAGGAAUGGGAACAUGAAGAUGCUGGUAAUGGCAUUGGCGAGAUAAGCCAAAGUGAAAGAUCGAAGGAUAUUUCAGUUGAAAAUUCAGUGGUAUAUCAGAAUACUGAUUAUGAUUGGGAAACACUGAUUGAAAGUUCAGUGGCAAAUCCAGAUAUUUAUCAUGAUUGGGAAAGACUGAUUGAAGAUGAUAGCUUACAACAGCAAAAGGGUUCAUGCCGUCUAAGAGAAGAAGAAGAUAAUGAAAGGCCAUCUCGUGAUAUUGAUUCCUCUCCAGAAAGAUCGAAGGAUAUUUCAGUUGAAAAUUCAGUGGUAUAUCAGAAUACUGAUUAUGAUUGGGAAACACUGAUUGAAAAUUCAGUGGCAAAUCCAGAUAUUUAUCAUGAUUGUGAAAGACUGAUUGAAGAUGAUAGCUUACAACAGCAAAAGGGCUCAUGCCGUCUAAGAGAAGAAGAAGAUGAUGAAAGGCCAUCUCGUGAUAUUGAUUCCUCUCCAGAAGCACUGUCUACCAGAAUUGCCCGCUUGGUUAACAGGAGACAAUUAGUUGAAGAGAGUUACCCCUAUGGGUUGUUCACAGAGACGGGUAAUAAACUGGGGCCAACAACCAAGCAAUUACUGACAGCUAUAGCAGGUGCUAGUGGGAACCAAGCACCUCCCAGUUACAGAUAUCUUUGCCCUCCAGAAGUUGCUUUCACAGAGACGGGUGAAAAACUGGGGCCAACAACCAAGCAAAUACCGACAACUACAGCAGUUGCUAGUGGGAAUCAAGCUCCUCCCUGUUACAGAUAUCUUUCCCGUCCAGAAGUUGCUGUCAGACAGCCAAAGGAGACCCUCACUCCCAUAGGAGCUAGAUUGCUAUCUUUUGUGACUUCUUUCCCUUUGCAAACACCCUCUUCCGCUAUUAGCAGGUUUGUUAACACAGUACAAGCAACUGAGGACAGAGAUUCCUUUGAGUUGAUCGAAGAAACUGGCUCUGAAUUAGGGCGAGCUAGCACGCAACAAACAACUAUAACUUCUGCCAGAGAAGAUCACUCACUUUCCAAGAAUAGUCCUCAUUGCCCUCCUGAAGUUUGUUUCAGAGAACCUAUGGAUUUAUUCAGUUCGGGGGACAAACAAGGCAAACUCCCAUUGUGUGUUGAUUUGCCUAUGGAAAAACCCUCUUCCAGUAUAAUCGAGUUCCCCUAUGGGAUGAUUCUAAAAGGUUGUGUUAACAAAAUGAAGGAAACAAAUGAGCAGCAAUUGAGAACUCCAGCAGGCUAUAAUUAUAAUCAACCAACGUCAUCAGCCAGCACUUCUUGCUCAUCUCCUGAAGUUCAGGUAAUAAAUCUGUUGAGCCCCGAAGGUGGUGUUAACAAAAUGAAGGAAGCAAAUAAGCAGCAAUUGAGAACUCCAGUAGGCUAUAAUUAUAAUCAACCAAGAUCAUCAUCCAGCACUUCUCACUCAUCUCCUGAAGUUGAGGUAAUAAAUCUGUUGACCCCAUCACCAGACUGUAAUACUCAUUCUUUAAAUAGUAAGAAGAGACACACCCUUGUUCACCGUGAUAUCGUUGACUUGACCAGGUCACCUUUGUUUGUGCAAUUAUAGAGUUGAUUGUAUGUUGCUGCAAAAGUUUCUAGUUCUUGAAGAAGCAUUUGCUACUUUUACUGUACUCUGUAUUCUUAUAUAUUUAUUUUUGUGUGGUAAUAAAAGUUAAAGUUGCUGGCUUUUGAUCA